AUGCUUGUGAGCUGUAGGUGAGCAUGCCCCCAAAUCAUAAAUAAAAAUAAAAAUAAAAAUGAAAAUGAAAACAUGCCCAUGAUUCCAUGAAGAUAAAAACCAGGCCUCUAUCACUCCCAAUAGCCUAACUCCACCAAACCAUUCAUCAUUUCAUUUCUGCUCUUUACCAUCUCCAACUCUGAUCUUAUUCUUUCUCUCUCUCUCUCUCUCUCUCUCUCUAAAACUCUGACAAAAUGUUAGAAGAAAAUGUAUCCUCCUCCACCAUGCCCUCUUCCAUCUGGGAAUCCAUGAAUAGCUGGUUCACCCCCACAGUUCUCUUCCUCCUCCUCAAUCUCAUGAUUGGCACCAUUGCCUUCACUUCCACGUUGACCAACCAAAAACAACAAAAGAAUCAAGAAAACCGACAACCUCAACAACCCAUGCUUGCUAGAUCCCCUUCUGUUCUUCAGCGCCUCAGAUCCAUCAAUUUCUACGCCUUCUCCAGACCCCAAGAAACCUCGCACUUCAAAUCACCCCCAGAUUCAGACAAUCUUGACCAUACCCAUCAACCCCAAAUCCUUGAAUCACAAACCCAUUACAUUUUUGGCCACACCCAUCAACAUACUCCCAAUCAGCCCACCCACUACAUUUUCCACCAAGAAAAUCACCAAGAAACUCCAACCCACUACCACUUUCAACAAGAAAAUCACUCCCAGUUUCUCAGAAAUCAAGAUAAACCUGAACAAACCCAUGCCCAUUUUGAUGCUCAGGAAGAGGAGGAGACGGAUGAGCUUGAGAGCAUGGACGAAGUGUACAGCCGGUUAAAGGGGAAGCAGGUGAACCGGUGCAAAUCUGACACCAAGCCAUCUUCCUGCGAGAUGCCGGCGAGGCUUCCGGCCAAGAUGAAGAAAUCGGCCAGCAUGAAAUCUGCGUUUAAGCACUUCGGAGAGAAAGUAGAGGACGUGGAGCCUCGCCGGCCGGCGACGAUGAGGGAAAGAGCGACGGAGGUGGAUCAUGAGGUGGACGCCAAAGCCGACGAUUUCAUCAACCGCUUCAAGAACCAGCUGAAGCUUCAGAGGCUGGAUUCCAUUCUUAGGUACAAAGAAAUGAUUGGCAGAGGGGCCGGAAGGUAAAUUUCAUAUUCUACAGGGACUGUUUUAUAAUAUCUAAUUCCUUUUGGGGCUCUUUCGUAAACCGUGAAAAGAUCAAUCUUUUUGACUUGUCGGUAGAACGGGUGCCACAAUUCUCUAAUUCUCCAGCUUUGUCCCCGAUGAUUUCACAAUCAUGUACACAUUAAUGGGCAUUCUAGUCAUUUCACUACUGCCAAGCAUUUAAUGGUUUUGUUUUGUUUUUUAUUUUUUGCUCAAAAUUUUGGGGAGUCUUUUGCGAAGAUAUUUUCAAUAGGGGGCUCAUUGUAUAAUUUCGCUAAUUUGAAUCUGGUCCUAUUGCUUGCUUUGACUCAAGCUUGUCUUUCUUUCUCUUCUCCAAUUGUUUCUCUCCA